GAGACCGCCGAGCAAAAGGAGGGCCCUGCCACCAGCAUGAGCCCAGUGGCGAAAGCGCAGCGAGCAAAAAGAAGAAAAAAGGCGAAAGCUAGACCUAAGAGCAAGCAGCGGGCCACUGAAGUGGCGUCGCUUGGGCUUCGUCGUGUUUCAUUUGGAAGAGUAUGCCCAGACUUUUUAGGUUUUCAGCCAUGUGCCGCCGGUUGCAUAAAAGGGAAACAAAGACCCCGAAGCGCCUUCUUUUUUUCUGCGUUUUCAGGCGCCAAAAAAUGCGACCAGGCUGGUUUUUUUUAGGCUUAAAAGCUGACCCCCUUAACAGCAGAAACGAGCCCGAGCAUGUGCCAGGAGUUUAAUCCGAGUUAGGGUAGGAGUUAAAACGUGAAACGCAACCGCUGGGGGGGCUCUAACUUCAACGUAAUAGGCGUUCUCUCUAUCCAAACGCAUUUCCAUCUUGUUCCCAUCACGACAUUGAAAUUGCUUCCCUCACUUGAAAAAAUAAACGUUAAUUCUUGUGCAGCUGGAAUUCAGCAUAUUAUUCGAAAAGAAAGUCAAGUACUCACUUACGGUUCUUAUACUAUUGUUCUUCUGUUUGUUCUUUGAUUAAAAGUGGUGUCUAACAUUGCUAGCAGUCCGACUACUCAAGUCGUGUCAUCAAUCUACUUCAGCAUCAGCAUGAUCAAAAAGAGAAACUAGAUCUACCUUCAAGAGAAACUAGAUCUACCUUCAUCGUCUCAGAAUGCCUCCCCACCAGAGUAUUUGUUACCAGCCGAGACAAUAGAACCUAUUGCUUCUUGGAAAAAGUAAGCGCGUCUCUCUCGAGGGCGAUCCAGCUCCGCACACUAUGAGGUGGUAGGAAGCACCUCUUGCAUGCUCCAUUUUCAUUCAACAAAUAUGACCCGAACGAUUCUCAUACUUGUCGAAGCCAAUGCAAAUAUUUUCAUCCCGGUUCUUUUAAAGUUUCAAAGUUGUAUUUAUUUUCCAUAUGUGAAAUAAAAAACGAGACUUUUCUCGUCG